ACCCGUCUGAGAAGUAUAAAUUGAGUUCGUUCACUUAUUUUUCCAUCUUCUGGGAGUUGCGUCGUUUGUGGUUUGCUUUCAACCGCAGCUUUUGGUUUUCCCAUUUUUCCUAAUUUCAAGAUAUGGGGGGAUUGCAGAAAAAGCAUGAUCGCUUCCAUAAUCUUAAUGGUGCUUUAUCUUUAUUUAACAAGAUGAUUGACGAGUGCCCUAAGCCUUCAAUCGUGGAGUUCUCUAUAUUAUUACAGGCCAUUGUCAGAAUGAAACAUUAUGCGCUUGUUGUUUUUCUGGGUAGCCAGAUGGAAUUACGGGGAGUUUCACAUAAUGCUUAUUCUUUCACCAUCUUGAUUAAUUGCUUUUGUCAUUUAGGUAAAGUUGAUUUUGGGUUUUCUGUUUUGGGGAAAAUGCUCAAGUUAGGUUUUGAACCUAAUGUUGUAACUUUGUCCACCUUGAUUAAUGGACUUUGUAAUCAAAGCAGGGUUUCUCAGGCUGUGAAAUUGUUUUAUGAAAUGAUCGAAAAAGGGUAUCGACCUGAUUCAUUUGCUUGCAAUACAGUACUUAAUGGGUUGUGCAAGUCUGGUAACACUGGUCGAGCUGUUAGAAUGAAACAUUAUGCGCUUGCUGUUUCUCUGGGCAGCCAGAUGAAACUAUGGGGAGUUUCACAUGAUGCUCAUUCUUUCAACAUUUUGAUUAAUUGCUUUUGUCAGUUAGGUAAAGUUGAUUUUGGGUUUUCUGUUUUGGGGAAAAUGCUCAAGUUAGGUUUUGAACCUGAUGUUGUAACUUUGUCCACUUUGAUUAAUGGACUUUGUAAUCAAAACAAGGUUUCUCAGGCUGCAAGUUUGUUUGAUGAAAUGAUCAAAAAAGGGUGUCGACCUGAUUCAGUUGCUUACAAUACAGUACUUAAUGGGUUGUGUAAGACUGGGAACACUGGUCGAGCUGUUAAGUUUCUAAGGAUGAUGAAUGAAAGAGGUUUCGAACCCAAUAUUAGAGCAUAUAGCACCCUUAUUGACUGUCUUUGUAAGAAUGGGUUACUAAAUGAGGCUGUUGACCUCUUCUCUGAAGUGAACGUUAAGGGCAUUAGACCAAAUAUUGUUAUUUACAAUUGCUUAAUUCAUGGUAUGUGUAAUUCAGGCCAGCAGCAUGAGGCAACCAAGCUUUUGAAUGAAAUGGUGGGUAACAAUGUUUCUCCUGAUAUUUUCACGUAUAACAUAUUGAUUGAUGCACAUUGCAAGGAGGGGACAAUUUUGGAAGCUGUAAGUAUCUUUAAUGCGAUGAGAAAGCAAGGCAUCAAGCCUGAUGUUGUCACCUAUAAUAUAUUGGUUGAUGCAUGGUGCAAGGAGAGGCUAAUUUCUGAAUCUUUGGAUGUAGUUCACACAAUGAGAAAGCAAGGCAUUGAGCCUGAUGUUGUCACGUAUAGUACAUUAGUUGAUGCGCAUUGCAAGGAGGGGAGGGUUUCUGAAGCCGAAGAUAUUGUUGACACAAUGAGAAAGGAAGGCAUUGAGCCCGAUGUUGUGACGUAUAAUAUAUUGGUUGAUGCGUAUUGCAAGGAGAGGAGUAUUUCUAAAGCUGUAGAUACUAUUGCCACAAUGAGAAAGCAAGGUGUGGAGCCUGAUGUUGUCACCUAUAAUAUAUUUAUCGAUGCACUUUGCAAGAAUGGGAUGGUUUCUGAAGCUGAAUGUAUUGUCGACACAAUGAGAAAACAAUGCAUUGAGCCUAAUUUUGUCACAUACAGAACUCUUAUGCUGGGUAUGUGUGAAUUAGGGAGAGUUUCAACUGCAUGUGAACUUUUAAGAAAGAUGCUUACUUCUGGAGAAGUUCCAGAUCUAAUGACCAUUUCGAUUUUGUUGGAUGAUUUUUGCAAAAGAGGUAAACUUGACGAGGCAUUGGAAUUUUUUCAAGCAAUGCGGAAUAGUGGGUUGAAACUUGAUACUGACUCUUAUAGUGUUGUGAUUGAUGGCUUGUGCAAAGCUGGGCAAAUUGAAGUUGCAAAGGAAUUAUUUCAUGAACUCUCAGUCAAUGGUUUAAAACCAAAUGUUUACACAUAUGAUAUUGUGAUUAAUGGAUUAUGUAAAGAGGGAUUGCUAGAUGAAGCAUACCAGUUGUUUAGAACCAUGGGAGAUAAUGAUUGUUUGCCCGUUGGCUGCUGUUAUAAUGUAAUGAUCCAGGCGUUUCUUCGAAAUAGCUAUACCUCAAAAGCAACAGAACUUCUUACAGAAAUGGUUGGAAAGGGCUUUUGUGCAGAAAUAUGCACUGCCACCUUAUUUGUGGAUCUCAUCUUGCAAUCUAAUGAAUCAAUUUUGAUCUGAAAUGUUUCACUAUUAGUGUAAAGAUUGUCACAUUCCGAAUGUGAAUCAAUUUGUUCGGUAACCAAUUGUACUUCUGUGAUAAGUUAAAGUUUCUGGAAACUACAGUGAGUAUUAAGGUCUAUUUUCAAUUCUGUUAAUGGACUUUAAACAUUAAGGAUGAAGCAAAUAAGUGCUAUACACCAUGUUUCACGCUUCACUAGUGAUUUUCUUGAGAAUAUUUUCUUCUUAGAUCUUUGAAGUAAGUUUCUUUAUUGGGUUGGCUGUUUCCUGCCAAGCUGAGUUUUUAUUCAGCACCAAUGACUAUUGUGGGCAAAUCCUCAACACUUCAUUGCAAAAGCUCGAAGCUUCACUUGCUAAAAGCUGAAGCAAUUGGCUGGUCUAAAUUGGCUGCUCCAGCAGGAUGCCUGUCAUGAAUGAUGUAAUUAACAUGAUCAUCUUCCAUUCUCAAAAGAAAAAAAAGAAGAAAAAGACCAUAUUCCUUGCAUGGGGUAUCAGUGCUAGAGCUGAUGAUUAUACUCAGGAUGGAAGGCAGCAUGAGCAGUUCUCUGAACAAAAUAAUGGUGCUCCUCCAGUCCUAGUUAUGAACUAGCAGUAAGCGCAUCUUGAGUCCUGUCCAUAGUGAAAGGGAUGGAGGAACUUCAGUAGCAGCUGCUGCCAGGUUGUCUUCUCCUCCUGCUAGCAAUAAUCCUAACCAAGCCACCUGCGAUUUGGUAACUCAGCAUCUCCUUCAAGUCAAAAGGUGGAGACUUUCGAUGAAUUUGAUCCACGUGUUCCAGUUUCAGGAUUCAUUGGCCUUUGUGCCAACUAUACUCGAGACCCCUGCUGCUGAGGCUGAUGCCCUUGCUAAAUCUGGUGCUUUACCCACCUUUUCUGAUAAUCAACAGGCAUCUAACUUUGGAAAUCAGGUAGAUAUGAUUUGUUUAAUCUCAGACUUAUUAAUCACCUUUUUCUUUGGUUAAUGUACAAGGAUUUCAUUCCAUCUGUCUGCAAUAUAUGCCUAAAUGGCACCGUGAAUAUGGAUAUGCUGUUCUGUUGUUGCCUUGUUUGUUUUCAUUUGAUUUAAGUAUCUUUAAUUGAAUCCCCAUGUAAGACAGUAUGGAUAGUUAAAAUUGAAACUACUUCGCAUAAUCAUCUUUAUCAUCUGCAUAUUUACUAUAGAAGGGUAACGUAAAAAGGUUUCAGUGUGAAUUUCAAAAUCUGCUAGAUCAGCUGCUAACAUUUACCAAUCCGCACAGCCAAGUGGUAAUCCAUAAGGCUGGCCUGUGCAACCCAGUGCUAACCCAUAUGGCCAAAAUGGGUUGCCAAUUUCCAAACCCUGUGGCCAGCUAGCACAACCAAAUGCUAGUCCGUACAGAACCUGCACGACCAAAUGCUAAUCCAUAUGACCAACCUGCACAGCAACAUGCUAAUCCAUAGGCUCAAACUGCACAGCCAAAUGCUAAUCCACACGGCCAAACUUCUCAGCCAAUGCUAAUGCAUAUGGCCAACCUGUACAGCUAAGUGCUAAUCCAUAUGCCCAACCUACAUAGUCAAGUUCGAAUAAUGGAUAUGGCAAUUUUACCUCCCACAGUCUGUCUGUGGCCCCCCAAAUUCCCGGGUCUGCUGCACAGGCUCCUGUCAAUUCACAAAUGGCUGCUCAACCUCAAAGCCCUGCCGUACUAGCUGCUCUGCUUAGCCUUGGAAACUUUUUUGUUUGGCUGGAUCUGCUGUGCCAGUUGGUUCUCCCUCUGCUCCUCAAAACCACAAAUGAAUCAGGUGCACAUAGUAACAACAAUGACCUGGGAGGCUUCUUUUCACUACCUGGAUCAUACACUUCAAUGGCACAACAGACGGCUCCUCCCUUGUCAACAGCAGCACCUGUUAUAGUUCCGCAACUCAGAGGAUAAAUUUCAGCCCAAGUCAACUGUUUGGGCUGAUACAUUGAGCAGUGGACUGGUCAAUUUAAACAUAUCUGGAGCUAAAAAGGACCCAUUGUCUGAUAUUGCGGUGGACUUUGAUGCAAUCAAUCAGAAGGAAAAUAGGAUGGAAAAGCCUGCCCUGACUGCAGUGACAUCUACUAUCACGAUGGGUAAAUAUAUGGAAUCUGGUUUUUGGAUUGGCUGUGCUGGUGCUAGUGUUCUCAGAGGUCCAGAGGAUCCCAUGGUGGGUUCCAGCAUGGGCAUGGGGUAUGGGAGUGGGUGGUGGUCCUAUCCAAGGCAUUGGCAUGGGAGUUUAGGCUAUGAUGGUAUGAAUCGGCAAACCUAUGAGCAUGGGAAUGGGGAUGAACAUGGGCAUGAAUCCAGGCAUGUGGGUGAAUAGGCAACCUGAUGAUAAGUGGUGGUGGUGGUGGUGGAUACCGAUGAGAAAUCAUUGCCUCAGACAUUCAGUUUUUUUCAGUAACAAUAAUAGUUUUAGUAUAUUUACUGGGAAGAUGCAAGGAAACACUUCCCAGUUAGUAAUCCAAGUAAUCACCUUGCCUAAUCAUAUCUAAUGUUGGAUUUUUAACCUUUUUGUUUUUAAACUUAAGAUAUCACAAUUGGGAAUCUGAUUAUAGCUUUGACUGUGAAA